AUGACAUUUUCUAGUUCAAGUUUUAAAUGGAAACACUUAAUCGUGUUAAUAAUUUUUAUCGCUUUCGUUACGAUUUGUAGUGGUUCUGGACACGUGAUUAAAAAGCGACAAGCUACAGGUAAAAAUCAGCCAGCUCCAUCACCACAAGCACCAGCACCACAAGCACCAGCACCAGCUCCACAAGCACCAGCUCCACAGGCUCCAACGCAAGCACCACAAGCGCCACCAGCUCAACAAUCACAACCAGCUCAACAACCACAACCGCAACCAGCUCAACCAACACAAGCAUCUCCACAAGGACCAACACAAGCAUCUCCGCAAGGACCAACACAGCCAGCUCAGCAACCAGCUCAACCAUCACAAGCAUCUCCGCAAGGGCCAACACAGCCAGCUCAACAACCACCUCAACAACCAACUCAGGCACAGCCGGCACCACAAGGACAAGGACAAACACAGCCAGCUCAACAACCACAACCAGCUCAAACACAAACACAAGGAGGUACCCACCAAUCUGCAAACGGUAAUGAUCAAAAAAGUACAUCAUUAUCGUUUGUAGCUAAUGAUUUUACAAUUAAUUCUUGUACUGACACCUUAAAAUGUCCCAAAGAAAACGUUGGGACUACUGACAAACAUAUACCUUCAACCACAGCGCCAAAAGUGACUAGUGAAUUCACUACUACUUAUAAUGUUUGUACUGACAAUACCAAUUGUAAAGUUGUCCCAAUAACUCCUGGUCAAACUGUAAAAAUGGUCACGACUACUCAACCAGCGGACCCUACUAUUGUCACCAUACCACCGGCGAACGGAGCCACACCUAAACCUAACGCGAAAUUUACAACAUUUAAAUUUCUAUCAACUGAGUAUCAAGUAUAUCCAGGCUUUUCAACAGUUACCACAAUGACUGGUACUGAUGGACAAGUAGCAACAUAUGAGACCUAUGUUCCACCAAGUACUGUUGUUGUAGUAAAAGAGGUUACUGGUGUUCAAGCGGCUGAUUCAUUAAGUACUGAUGGAAUUGUUGGUGGUGGAAAUAGUUUUAAUGAAAUGAGAAGAUCUGGAUCUGGACUAUUAGGUAUUAUUAUGAGUUUGUGGGUGGUUACAAUUACUUUAGUUUAUAUGAUUAAAAAUGUAGAUUAA